GUCACCGUAGCAACGGCGCGGCCUAGCCGCUUCCCCUCCGCUUUCUCCCAUUCACCAGCCCCAACAUCUACACACAAGUGGGGCACCACUGAUAACCGACCUCACCACGAUGAUGAAUACACUUAAAUAAUAUCUAUUGUUUUAUUCAUGGAAUGUGACAAGGCCAGCAUUCAUUGCCCAUUCUAAUUGCCUUGAGAAGGUGGUGCUGAGCUAUCAGCUUCUCAAAGUAGGUGAUUGGCUGACUGGAGGAUCAAUGGAAUUCACCGAGAGGAAAAGAAGCAGGAAAUCGCGGAGCUUCAAGAGAGUGAAUGAAGAUUAUCAGGAUGAUAACCAUUCUGACAGCAGCAAUGAAAACAUAGGAAGGGCACAUGAUGCGCUGUUUGUCACAGGUGACGUAUUUGAGGGGUUGAAGAAGCAAGUGUCAGGAAUGAGGCGCUUAUUAAAUAACAAGGUUAAUAGCACAAGGAUCCAUCAGCCAUUAAUGCCUGGUAGAGAAAAACUGAAGGAGGAACCAGAGGCUUCAGAUUUAACAUGGCUCCAACACAAUCCAAACCAGUCCAGUGCCCGUCCUGAUGAACCUCAUUCAUCCCAGACUAUUGUCUGGAAAGAUAUCCAGGUUCAAACACAGAAUUCCAGUGUUUCAGGAGGAUACAGUGGCCAAGGCUCCAGACCAUCUAAACCAGUAAUAGAUGCAAAUACUGAAAGACUCCAAGGCCUGCCAGAAAGCAAUGGAACAAUGCCAUAUUCUACAUUGGAUUCUAACUGUUGUAUGUGUAGUUGUCAGCCAACAUUACUAGCCAUACUGCAGGAACUUCGAACUCUGCGGGAGUUGAUGCAAGGUCAAGCUGGCCCUCAGAAUAUUGUGCACGUCCCAUCGUCCCACAUUACUACCUUUCGUUCAAGUUUACUACGGAACAAAAUCAUUAAAAAAAGGCUGAUCCACAGGGGCAAGCCUGCCCCAGCUCAACCAAAUCCAAAGAUUCACAAUCAGAACAUCAGCCUACCACAGACCGAGAGGAACCACUCAAUAUCAACAGAGAGAUUGACCACAGAAAUUAAUCCAAGGCAAGCCCCACCAAAUCGGGUAGAGGGUUAUAUUUCUGAACUGGAUAGCCUACAAAACAAUGAUCUUUUAGAGCCAGAGGUCCGGCUUGCAGAAGGAUAUGACGUCUUUAUCCCCAAGUCUCAACUGGAGUCCAUAUUACUAAACUACUCCCGUUCGGGAAGCCUACUUUUUCGGAAACUUGUCUCUGCUUUCUUUGAUGACCGGACGCUGGCCAACUCUCUUCCAAAUGGAAAGAGAAAAAGAGGAGCCAAUGACAAUAGAAAGGGUCUUGAUCAAAACAUUGUGGGAGCAAUAAAAGUUUUCACAGAAAAAUAUUGCAGAUUAAAUCAGAUUGACAGACUUCCUGGACCAAAGGAUUGGAUACAGAUUCUCCAAGAUCAAAUUAAGCUAGCAAGAAAACGUUUAAAAAGAGGUUCCGUCCUGGAACCCUUUGAAUCUAGUGGAAAGAUGGGAAACAAUUUUCUCCUAAAUACAGGAGGGAGCACUAAUGCAGUCAGUUCAAGUGACAUAUGGGAUGCUUCAGAACCAGUCUGUACAGUUCAGAUGUGAUGUUUGGACAGCUGUUUUUCUGAUGGAACAUGAUCCUUGUGGUGGUUGGAUCAAAGACAGUCCUUUACUCAUUCAUAUUCAUUUUCUUUCUUUCUCUCUCUUGCCUCUCAAGGCACCUGUGCUAUCCUUUACAAAUCUUUCAUUCUUUUAACAUUCAAAGUUGACUGUAAUAUUUUUCUUACAAAUCUGUGCUUUUUAUUUGAAAUAACUAUUCUGUGCUGCUGUAAAGAGUACUGUAAAGAGUACUGUAAAGAAGUUGCUUCUGGAAGAUUACAAAACGUGCACUGAAUUUUCAACCAGUAACAUCAAAACAUUUUUAACUGGAAAAUUGUACAAAAUGCACCAAAGCAACUUUUCUUCCUUACAAAUAAUUCAAAUUGAGUUUGAAAUUCAGUAGUUUCCCUAAAAUAAAAUUAUGGAGCAUAAGUUUGCCUUGCGUGGUAUUGUAAAAUGGAGGCAAGAAAAUUGGCAGCCUGUUUUGCACUCAGCCUGAUUUUUAUUUUUUGUUGAUGUGAUGUAGAGUCAAAAUCCUCAAACUCCCUACCUAAAGAGCAUUGUGGAAAGUACCUAUGUACUACCAACUCCACCGGUGCAAGUGGAAAAUCCAUCGCCACCUUCUCAAACAUAACUUGGGAUGGGUAGUAAAUACUCGCCUUUCCAGCAAUGCUCUCAUCCCAAGAACAUGUGUGUAUUUUUAUUUUCAAGUCGCACAAGGCAAUUUAUACCUCUAUACCUUCACUAACAAUCAUAAUAAGAUAAGGAUGCCUCUUCCAGAAUGGUUUUAAUUUCUUUUACUUGUCAUGUUUGUAAAUUGUUCAGUAGAUUUAAAGUGAGAAAUCUGUGAUAACUGUGAAUUUUAAAUAGCAGAACCAGUAUGACGCAAUUACUACUGAUGGAAAUUAGUAUUUAAUCCAGCUCCUCUUAAUUAUCAGCAGCACUAAAAACAAAAUGGGUACACUUCUUUGAAGAUGCUGUUCAGUACCGACCACGUUCGGGUGCUCUGAUACUAAUUGUGAUGAAAAAGCAGUUAAUAGAAAGUGCUUGCUUUACACUGAUUGAUUUUACCGGCUAAUCAGGAAAAAUGUAUCUAUUAAUUACAAUAACUUCAUUCAGAAAUAAUUUACAAUGGUAUUUUGUUUUUUUGGAGGCUCAUUUAUUAAGCUGUAUGAUUUUAAAACUGAAUUCUUUCAAAUUAAAUCUUUUUUAAAAAAAACCUCAUUUUAUAAGAUCACUGAGGAAUGUAAAUAAUUUGGAUUUUUAUUAGAAAUUGUGAAACGUUGAAAACUGGAGCAAAAAUUAUUGUAAUAUAUUGUCAGUUACAGUUUUAAUAUGUAAUACUUGUAGCAAUUUAUAUUAUAAAGAUGAAUAUACUGUAACUGUUAA